UGCGGUACGCCGAAGAAAAUGGUAAAAAUGUGUCUGUCAUCCUCGCAUUUGUAGCCGAUUUGGGAGCCAAACCCGGGGACCAACAACGGAUUCUUGGUCAACCUCAAUCAAGAAAAACAGCAAGAUUGUGAAAGGACAAAAAUUUUAGAAAAAAUUUUGAGAAAACAAGAAUUUUUUUUUGAGAAAACAAGAAUUUUAAACAAAAGAAAGAGACAGCCUGCCUGCCUGCCUGCCUGCUUGUUCCUUUCCUGCCAAAUCUAUCACCUCAUCAUCGCGGAUAAAGCGAGAACAAAAGAGACAGACGCACGUUUCUUCAAAUCAAUCAAUUUGUACAGAGCGAACAGAGAUACGGACGGACCCAAUUCUGGGUCUUCAUGAUUGUUUUUGACAAUUUGCUUCUUCUUCUUCUUCUUCUUGUUCCUGCCAAUGUAACAGCGCUCCUUUUGGCCAAGCCUUUCCCGACCUCCUAAAAAUCUGACACGUGGUACGGGCAGCAGAGGUUUCCGUUUUGGUAAUGCCUCUUUAUUCAUUUGGUGUUGGGUGUGUUUAAGGUGUUUGUAGAAAUGCUUGAUGGUUUUCUUCUUUUCUUCAGAAAAAUCAAAGGAAACUGACACAAAGCAGAAACCUGGUUUUUGCUUUUGGGUCCCUGUAUUUAGGUAGGGCGAUGUUUGGUGGUUUUCUUCUGAAUCUCUCAUUGGGGAAAGAAAUGAAUAUUGAUCUGGGUUAAAUAAGAAUAAAGGGCUGAAGGGGGUUAGUAAUAUAGAAGAGGAUAGAUAGAUAGGAGAGAGAAUGAGCAAAGAAUUCAGUGGCAUUGUGAGGGCCUGGGAAUUGACAUUAAGGAAAUCACAAGCAGCUGCAAAGAGAAGGGCAAACGGCAUUUUUUCAACAAUGUCGGUGUCCCAUGUGGAUGAUGACCUUGAUGUUCCUGGGGAUGUCUACCACGUUGAGAAAGUUUUCUCCCAUGGAGACAUGUAUACAGGGCAGUGGUCAGACAACUGCCCCAAUGGCCAGGGAAAGUACCUGUGGUCUGAUGGGUGUAUGUAUAUUGGGGAUUGGGUAGGGGGCAAGACCAUGGGCAAGGGGAAGUUCAGUUGGCCAUCUGGAACCACCUAUGAUGGCCAAUUCAAGAACGGCUACAUCGAUGGCGAGGGCCUUUUCACUGCCUGCUCCAAUGACACCUACAAAGGCUCAUGGGCUUUCAACUUGAAACAUGGUAGGGGCUCCAGGACUUUCCCCAAUGGGGAUUACUAUUCAGGGGAAUGGCGCCGUGGGCUGCCAGAUGGGCAGGGAAGGUACCAGUGGUCCAAUGGGAAUCAGUACGUUGGACAAUGGAAGAAUGGGAAGAUGAAUGGCAGUGGGGCAAUGAUGUGGGCAAAUGGGAAUAAGUUUGAUGGAUGCUGGGAAGAUGGAGAGCCUAAAGGAAAUGGCACGUUUCGAUGGGUGGAUGGGAGUUUCUAUAUGGGUGUCUGGAGUAGGGACCCUAACGAGCAGAGUGGGACGUUUUACACUUUGGCUUCACAACCAGGUAGUUCUGACUGGGAUCCUCGAGAAUUGUAUUCAGUUCAUUUGGAGGGAUGUAAGCUAGCUACUGGAGAAGAGAUAACUGUGUUUCCUUCAGAAAAGAUGAUAAACUGGCCAUGUGAAGGGGAGUUCUUGCAGAAACAGUUCAUAGGGAAGGUUCAUAAAACGAAGUCAAAGCCUAGACGGAAGUCUGUGGACGGGAGGCCCAGUGAUGGAGAGGGCUUUAAUGUUGACACUGAUUGUGAUACGCGUUCAGAUAUUACUUUUGGACAAUAUCAUUUUGGAUCACUAAGAAGUGAAGGGCUUGGGAGUUUUAAUGGUAAUGAUCCAGAUGCUCCAAGAGGGUUGAGAUCCCAUUGCAUCAAAAUCCAACCAGCAAAGACUCAGGGAGAAACAAUAUCUAAAGAUCAUAAGAAUUAUGAGCUUAUGCUCAAUUUGCAGCUAGGAAUAAGACAUUCUGUAGGAAGGCCUGCUCCAGCUACAUCACUUGAUCUGAAAGCUACCGCUUUCGACCCAAGGGAAAAGGUAUGGACAAGAUUUCCUCCAGAAGGAUCAAAGCACACUCCCCCUCAUCAAUCAUGUGAUUUUAGAUGGAAGGAUUACUGCCCGCUGGUUUUCAGGACAUUAAGAAAAUUGUUUAAGGUGGAUCCAGCAGAUUACAUGAUAUCCAUAUGUGGCAAUGAUGCCCUUCGGGAGCUCUCUUCCCCUGGGAAGAGUGGAAGCUUCUUUUACUUGACCAAUGAUGACAAAUACAUGAUAAAAACCAUGAAGAAAUCAGAAGUAAAAGUGUUCAUUCGAAUGCUUCCUGCUUAUUACAAUCAUGUCCGUUCCUUUGAAAAUACUUUAGUUACCAAAUUCUUUGGCCUUCACUGUGUGAAGAUGACUGGACCUGCUCAAAAGAAGGUGCGGUUUGUUAUCAUGGGGAAUCUGUUCUGUAGUGAGUUUGCCAUUCACAGACGCUAUGACUUAAAAGGUUCUUCACUUGGCCGCUUGACUGAUAAACCUGAAUCUGAAAUUGAUUCUACUACCACUCUCAAGGAUCUAGAUCUCAAUUUAGUAUUUCGGCUGCCUAAAGUUUGGUAUGAAGAGUUCUGCAGGCAAGUGGACCAUGACUGCGAUUUCCUGGAACAGGAGAGAAUUAUGGAUUACAGUCUAUUGGUUGGUGUGCACUUUAAGGAAGUUUCGAGUUCUGGGGAACCAGUUAUAAUUGAUGUUCUUACAGCCGGAGAAACUGGAGAUUUGGAUGGUGAAGGAGCAGCCCCUCAACUUUGUAGCGCUGCUGACACAGGCUCUUCAUGGUAUUUAUCGGGUAGUUUAGGUAUCAACAUGGCAGCAAAGGCGGAAUUAACAGUGAGGAGAAGUGACGAGGUGCUAGUUGGAGAACCUACGGGGCAGUACUAUGAUGUCAUUCUGUUCUUCGGUAUAAUCGAUAUUCUACAAGACUAUGACAUAAGCAAGAAGCUUGAGCAUGCAUACAAGUCGUUCCAAUACGACCCUACUUCGAUCUCUGCUGUCGAUCCGAGGCAGUACUCGCAGCGCUUCAAGAAUUUCGUACUCAAAGCUUUUGCAGACGACACUUUUAGCUAGCUAUCAACUUAAUUUCAGUUCCCGUCAGUCCAAGCUGGCAGGCCUCAAUGUGUGGUCCUCGGUGACGUGACAGUGCUUCUUUAGGCCACGAAGCUCGGAAGAAACUUGGCUUCUGAAGGGUGGAUCCUUGUCUUGUGGCACAACCACACUCGCUAAAACAGGUUCAUGGCAUUACAAGUUUCAUCUCCUUUUAUGUUUUAAAGUCACCGGGCGUGUUGUUGUACUUGCAUAUAAGCCAAGAGUAUAUAGUUUAGGGUUGUGAACCUGCUGGCUGCAAGUGUACAUGAAAGGAAAGAAAGUAGAAUGGAGUUGAGGUUAGGUUUUUGUUUAUUUAUAUAAUGUUGUCAUUGUAACCCAUUCUUUGCUCCAGGGAGUGAGUGAUCAGUCUGGGAGCCAAACAUAACAACUGUAUAGAAGAAGAAGAAGCCUAAGAACUAACAGUGAUGAUAUAUAUUCACAUUUGAGCAAAAUA